GCACGUUAAGGAGGUGGAGAUGGGAAGUGGAUGCACUGUAGGUAGACAGAGAGAUGCAGUGCCACAGUGUGUGUGUCUACGAGGCUAUCUAUAGCAGAACGCUUCAUCCUCAAAUCAGGGUUCAUCAUGUCUUAUGGAGCUGUGAUGCACAGAUUGAUUGCAGAAGCAGGGAAUGCAGAUAGUUCACCUUGAGCCGGACUGAAGUGCCAACACUCUGGACCUUUGGGAUUACAACAAAAGGCACAUUGAUCUCACAAGAAAGAACAGCAGAGAUUUAAUCAGACCUCAGAAAGUGGCCAAAAGUGGCUCUUAACUUUUGGAUUACUGGGCCAGAUUUACAACAGAGGUUCUGAAUUCAAGGAGAGGAAUCAAACAGGUUUGUGAUCCAACUUGCCAGCUGUCUCCAAACCACAGAAUCUAAACUGUGGCAUCCAAAAGUCACACUGGAACCUCGCAAAGCCACAACCAAGCAGGUCCUGCAGCCCAGGAGCCCUGGACUGACCUUGGACCGGCUGUCACCUGAACCCAUCCUGCCACCAGCUGAAACAUCCAGCAGGAUGUCUCAGGCCGGAGGACGGUUCCACAACAAAAAGGCUGGCAUUCGGGCUGCGGUCAUACUGAUUGGACUUCUGCACAAGUCUCGCAAAGCCAAGGAGAAGGAAAGGGAAAAGGAGGAGAGUGAAGGGAAACAGGAGCUGUUGAACAUUUCCAACGUCCCUCUAGGAGAAUGCCCCCCCUCACCGCCCCGCACUGCACCGCCCAGCAUGAAGUCUGCCGAGUUCUUCGAUAUGCUGGAGAGGAUGCAGGUCCCUAAAGCUGAGGAGACCAAAAAAUGGAAGGAUGACUACAUCCCAUACCCACGGAUAGAAGACGUCCUAGAGAAAGGUGGCCCAUACCCACAGGUGAUACUACCACAGUUUGGGGGUUACUGGAUUGAGGAUGUGGAGGCACCAGCGGGGACCCCUUCCUCCUCAGAGUCCAGUUUCUGUGAGGAAGAGGAGGGAAGAGAGGGCAUGAGUCCCGGCGGGGGGGCCAGUUACCGGCUGGAAUGUAACAGCACAGCCCGCGCAUACCGCAAACACUUCCUCGGCAAGGAACACAUGAACUACUACUGCACUGGCAGUAGCAUAGGCAACCUCAUCAUGUCUCUGAAACAUGAGGAGGCAGAGGGACAGGAGUUUCUACGCAUCAUGCUCAGAUCGAGGGCCAAAACAGUUCAUGAUAGGAUUUCUUUAGCAGGCAUCAACCAGCUGCCCAGUGUACCUCAGAUUGCAAAGCUCCUGUGUGACGACGCCACGGGGUUAAAGUUCAACCCGGUCCUGUAUCCACGGGGAUCUCAGUUGAUAGUGGCUUAUGAUGAACACGAGGUCAACAACACAUUCAAAUUUGGUGUCGUCUAUCAGAAGUUCGGACAGACUUCAGAGGAAGAGCUGUUUGGGAACAACGAAGAGACUCCAGCCUUCAAGGAGUUUCUCAGUGUCCUGGGUGACAACAUUGAACUUCAAGACUUUAAAGGGUUCCGUGGUGGGCUGGAUGUUUCCCAUGGACAGACGGGAUCUGAAUCUGUCUACACUGUCUUCAGACAGAGGGAGAUAAUGUUUCAUGUGUCAACCAAGCUUCCUUUUACUGAAGGAGAUAUCCAGCAGCUCCAGAGGAAAAGACACAUAGGAAAUGACAUUGUGGCUGCAGUCUUCCAAGAGGAGGCCACACCAUUUGUUCCAGACAUGAUAGCCUCCAACUUCCUCCAUGCUUAUGUGCUGGUUCAGGCUGAAAACCCCUGCACAGAUCACACAACAUACAAGGUGUCUGUUACAGCGAGGGAAGAUGUGCCUCCCUUCGGACCCCCUCUACCAAACCCAGCAGUCUUCAAGAAGGGCCCUGAGUUUAGAGACUUCCUGCUGACAAAGCUGAUCAAUGCUGAAAACGCCUGCUACAAAUCAGACAAAUUUGCCAAACUAGAGGGACGAACGCGAGCUGCACUGUUGGACAACCUUCAUGAUGAGCUGCACAGGCAGAGCCAGGCCACGCUGGGUCUGGGCCAGGCCGGAGAGGACGACAAGCUGGAGAACGGGGGACACGGGGGUCUUCUAGAGUCCUUCAAGAGGGCCAUGCGCGUCAGAAGCCACUCCAUGGAGACUAUGGUGGGAUCUCACCGUCACAGGAGCCCCGGUGUAGGAGGUGGGGUCCCAGCAAGCCUGAGUGGAGGAGGACUGCCCCAGAGUACCAGUGAAUGUACUAAGAGUACCUUUACUCCUCCUGUGUUGUCAGCCAAGUCUCCUCUAAAAAGUCCAGUCAAGCGGCGCUCCGGUCUCUUUCCUCGUCUCCACUCAAGCACAGAUACGCCAUCAGAUAAACACACACGCAGUGACCAGAAGCCUGUAGAGAUCUGCCCACUGUCCCAGGAGGUGAGGUCAGAAACCUCAUCCAACCCCAGCUCACCUGAGAUCUGCCCCAACAAAGAGAGACCAUUUGUCAAGCAUAAGGAGUGCAGCAGCACCAGUGGCAGACCUAACAUUUCUCGGUCUUCAUCCAGCACCAGCAGCUUCAGCAGCACCACAGGAGAAACAGAGGCUCUGGAAGAGCUGGAAACGGCGAGCCACCCCUCUAUAUCAUCCUCCUCUGCCUUUAGCCCCGCCCCCAGCGUCGACAGUCAGGGAUCAGGUACCCCUGUGAUCAUGUGCCGCAGCCCGACAGAUGGGAAAAAUAAGACAUCACCAAGGUCAAACUUGAAGUUCCGUUUUGACAAAAUGAGCCACUCAUCCACAACUUCCGAGUAGCUUUGUGGAAUGGACAUAACAGACUUGCACAACAAAGGGACAGCACGGGCUGACGGAGCUGCAAAAAAAAAAAAAAAAAAAAGAGGAAAAAAAAAUCACAAAAACAACCAUGAAAUCACUGUAGAACCACUUCCCUAAGCCAAGGAUUAUCUGAAAACAAGUACCAACUACACCAGAAUCCCCACACACUAUUAACUGGUGAUACUGUGAGUGUAUAGUGACAAAAGGUGGUUGAAACAUUGGCUCUGGCUUCGUUCUUUAACCAGCCUUAAGCUGCAGAAAUCAGUGAAUACUUUACCAACGUUCCAAGUCGUUGCAUAUUUGUUGUUAAUUGUUUGCAUCUCAAAGUCUUGGCAUAGCAGUAAUACUGUGAGUGUAGGCUGAGCGAGACUCCGCCUAAGCUUUUUUUUUGCCAACAUCUUGUUUAAUUGAGAGAAAUGAAAGCACAGACGGAUGGUGGCGUGAGACUGAGACUAUGGCCGAUCUGUUACUAUAUCUACACAGAGUGGAAAAGAUGUCUAACGUCUCUCCUGUCAGACAUCAGGAUAUUUCCUUUUGCCUUUGCCCUUGGAUGGUACAUCUGGCAGCAGUUCCUCUAUUGCCCAAAAAAGUACACAGGCACACAUGCACAGUACAUAC